AGCCCGAGCCCAGGCCGAGCCCCAGCCAGAGCCCGAGCCAGAGCCCGAGCCGAGCCACCGCCAGAGCGCACCGCCCGCCGCGCAGCUCCUUGCCCCGAGCGCCUCUCAGCACCAGGGAAGCUCCACCCACCUGAAGCCAAGAUGUCCAGCAAGCGGGCCAAGGCCAAGACCACCAAGAAGAGGCCCCAGCGGGCCACGUCCAAUGUUUUUGCGAUGUUUGACCAAUCCCAGAUCCAAGAGUUUAAGGAGGCCUUCAACAUGAUUGACCAGAACCGCGAUGGCUUCAUCGACAAGGAGGACCUGCAUGACAUGCUGGCCUCCCUCGGGAAGAACCCCACGGACGAGUACCUGGAGGGCAUGAUGAGCGAGGCCCCGGGGCCCAUCAACUUCACCAUGUUCCUCACCAUGUUCGGGGAGAAGCUGAACGGCACGGACCCCGAGGACGUGAUCCGCAACGCCUUCGCCUGCUUCGACGAGGAGGCCUCAGGCUUCAUCCAUGAGGAUCACCUCCGGGAGCUGCUCACCACCAUGGGUGACCGCUUCACAGACGAGGAGGUGGACGAGAUGUACCGCGAGGCUCCCAUCGACAAGAAGGGCAACUUCAACUACGUGGAGUUCACCCGCAUCCUCAAGCACGGUGCCAAGGACAAGGACGACUAGGCCACCUGGCCCCCCAGCAUAGCCCCCCACCACCCACACACACACUCCGAGCCCACAGCCCACGGCCCCUCGAGGGGUCCCUGCCUCAGGGGUUUGGGUCCAGCUCCCAGGGGAAGACCCGGGCCUGAAGCUCAGCAUCGAGCGAGGGGUACCCAGCUGCGGACCCUGAAGGACCAUCGUCCAGGGAGAUGGGAAGGCCCUCCAGAGAGUGAGGGCCUCGGCCCGGCCUGCCUCUCCUGGGCUGCCCCCAAGGAGGAAGCGGCCCUGGGUCCUGGUGACAGACACCACUUCGUAAGCACCCACACAUGCUCACCACGCCCCCAGAGGACACCAGACCCUCCCCUGCCCGUCCAGCCCCCAGAGCACCCUCCCCACCUGGGAGUGCUCAGGACCCCUGGACAGGGGCCUUUGUCCCAGGGGAAGCAGGGUCUCCAAUAGAAGGCUGAGCACUA